AUGUUUCACUAGGCAAAUUCCAGACGGACAGUCUAGAGGACAGGUUUGGUUGCUAUCGUCGCCUCUCUGGGACCAAUUACCACAUCUCGGUCCAGCAGAUAUUCAGUCCGAGACAAAACUGAGGCUUCGGGACUCGCUGGUUUUCCCAGACAUGCAAGAAUUGUGCAAGCCAUCCGGUGUGACAUGUGAUGCAGACAAACUGAUGAAAGACUACAACAUCAAAAUAAGAGAAAAUGACUUAAAAGAAAAAGAACCCAGUUUGCCAGCUAUAACAUACAUAGCAGGCUUUUGUGCGCAUGCAGCGCUCAAGAAAACACCGUGUGCGGAAUGUGCGCUGAACCUCGUAACGGAGGAAAGGGAACUGCAACUGGACAGGAACAUUCUCAUCGAAAACCUCACGAGAGGUGGCCUCAAGUUUCUUCAGUCGGUUGUCGUCAACGCUGUUUUGCACACGCAGCUUGUGCUAGAAAAAUUCGCAUUAAAAGAAAAUGCCACACGCUUUUAUGCUGAAGGCAACCAAAGAGAGGCUCUUCUAAGUUUGUCAAGGCACCUGCUUUUGGACAACGAAGACCUAGACAUUUGCAACGAUGGGCACCACCCUGACACAGUGCUUAGCAACAUCCUGCGGGCAGCCACCAACGCAUUACUUAAGAACUUUGUGCAAAUGAAGACUGACCAGUUGAGGUCUAGAAAAGCUGCAGUGCAUCUGAAGAAAUUGCAAACUCUGAAGUGAUUCAGUGCACGCGCAGGGACAAAAAUAAAGACGUGCGUUACGAAAUGUAUGUUG